AUGUCCUCAUCCAGCGAAGCCAGUCCUGGCAACUGGAUCGUUGGCAGCUACACUGGGAACAGCAUCGGAGUGCUCAUCACAAUCGCAACGUUUGUCGGCGUUGCGUGGUACAACGUGAUUGAGCUGAUCGUGCUCAUUUUCCUCACCUUCAAGCGCUACCAUGGCCCCUACUUCUGGAGUAUGUUGAUUGCCUCGGUCGGCAUUCUACCCUACUCAGUAGGCUAUCUGAUCAAAUUUUUCGGUCUGACUUCGGCCACUUGGGUCCCUAUUACAUUACUCACGGUGGGCUGGUGGGCGAUGGUAACUGGCCAAUCGUUUGUGCUCUACUCCCGUCUACAUCUGGUGUUUGAGAAUCUACAAGUGCUCCGCAUGGUCAAGAUUAUGAUUAUCACAAACAUAUUCCUGUUUCACGUCCCAACGACCGUGUUGACUUACGCCGCCAAUUUUUCCGAGUCCCGCACUGCGAUCGCGGGGUACGACGUCAUGGAGAAGUUACAGUUGACAGGUUUCUGCGUCCAGGAGGUAAUCAUAUCCAGUCUCUACAUGUGGGAGACCAAUCGCAUGUUGCAGCUGCACCCCGACCGUGGCAGUCGCAAGACCAUUCUGCAAUUGCUUGCCGUGAACGUGUCCUGUAUUCUAAUGGACAUUGCAUUGAUGGUCAUCGAGUUCAUGAAUUUCUACAUCUACCAAACCACCCUCAAAGCCACACUCUACAGCGUUAAACUCAAGUUGGAAAUUGCCGUGCUCGGCAAACUAGUCAAAAUCGCUCACCAGAACGUCUUUCGGUCAUCAUUCGAUACGUCCGCUGGCCAAUACCCCUCUUUUGUUGACCCCACCCGCCUUGCAGGUGACUACAGCCAUGCAGAAUCCUCGUUAGGAACAAGCCAGGGUUCUAAAGGCCGUACAUCAGGACUCGAGGCUAUUGACUAUGGGGAAGUCCGAUGA